GGUGUUGUAUCCGGCAGCAGCAGCAAUGCGGCGGUUGCUGGCGGGGGCAGCGGUGCAGGGAGCGGUCAGCAGGGGCCGGUGGAGGGACUGCGCAUGCGGCCAGGGCUGGCCAUGAGUCAGGACGGCCGCAACUGGGCCCGCAUCGAGGCCGACCACCACACGGGGGCGCUGUUCGACGUGGGGGCGCCGGGGGAGCCCGACCACCUGUAUGUGGCCAGUCCGCAGGUAGUUGCAGUGGGCCCCGGCGACAUGCGCAUGUUCUACACCUCCUGGGACCCCUCCCGCCGCCGCUUCGUGGUGCUGCUCGCCACCUCGCCCGAUGGCUUCAAAUGGACCAAACGCGGCGUGCUCUUCGACCCCGCCGCACUCGCUGCCGCCGCCGCCAACUCCGACGACGAGGACGACGGCGCCGCAUUCGACGCACUCGGCGCCGCAACCGUUAGUGUCGUACGAGACGUUGAUAACCGCCAGUUCCUGAUGUUUUAUGAGGCGGUUGCAACUGACAAUCGCCGCUGCAUUGGGCUAGCGGUUUCAAAGGACGGCAACAAAUGGCGACGAUACGGUGCGCCUGUGCUGGAGGCCGCAGCGGGAGGGCCGACGGCGGAGGCGGAGGCAGGAGGAGGCGCGUGGGACGCUGGCGAUGUGGGCAGUCCGUGCUCUGUGUCGAUGUCGGAGGGGCGAUGGCGGCUGUACUACGCCGGGAGACGGCAGAGCGGGACGGGGCCCUGGCAGGGCAUUGGCCUGGCGUUGAGUGUGGAGGGCGGCGGCAGCUUUGAGGGAGUGCCCGUCUCUUUCAAACGCCGCACACCAAAGCCCGGCAGCGGCCCCGCCCUAGCGCGUUGAUGACCGACCACUCGCGCCCCCCUGGGUCGCAUGCUCCCUUACGCAGUUUACCUAAUCCCUUACGCAUAUGCACAUUGAACUCAAGCUAGGUGGCAAUUGCUGGCAUGCCGUGUCGGGGGUAUGCAAGCACAAGGACGCACCACUACUGCGUGGUGGACACAACUACUGGUACCACCUGCGACCUGCGAGGGUACGGCUCUCACAGCCACCAUGUGAAGGGGGUACCUGUACUUUGAAUGCCAACUAACGCACGGUGGCGAGGUAUGCGUGCAUGAAUGUACUGGAGUGCCUCGCAUGCAGCAGCCCAUUCUGGCACGUGCACCUGGAGUGUAAGAUGGGAAGGCAACCUGAUGUAUGAUGGGGUACGUCUGUAGGCCGUAUGGGACGUACUUACAUGUAAUUGGCGAGGGGCUAC